UUUUUUUUAAUGUUCUAUACUCCUUUGCAUUACCUGUCUGGUAUUUGAGGUUGUAACCUCUGUGUUGUAUGGUGUGAGGGUCAGGUUUUUCCAAGAGCCAUUUUUUAAAUAGGGUUGGUAGAGCCAUAAUAGUAUAUAUGAGUUAUAUAUAAGGAUAGAUAGAAGAAAGCCUCCAUUUUUUUUCUAUAGUAAUGAGGACUCUUUAUUGUCUAUUCUUAUCCUGGCUAGCCAUUACAGCAGCCAGUUAAUAGAAAGCCAAAGUAGAAUGUAACAAAGAAUGAUUGCUCUUUUGUGAGUCUAUUAUAGGUCAGCCACUGUGCAAAAUAUUUUGCCUUCUCACUUUCCAAUGAGAUAUUCGUUGGCCAUUCUGUUUUAAAUUGUGCCCCCUCCCAAUACUUUUUCUUCAUAGCAUUUAUUCUCAUCAUGUAAAAUCUUGUACUUCUAAAUUUUGUUUAUUGUGUGUGUCCCUGUUACAAACAUAAAAAGCAUAGUAAACACUCAUCCUGGAUGUAUCAAGAAUAAUCUUUCUUAAUUUUUAAAAUUUUUCCAUUCUCUCCCAUGUUAAUGUUUUAAAAUCAGAAGCCUAUUCUCUUAAUGUGCUUACUGCUGAAGUCAUUGAAUGGGAACUAAAAUCUGUCUGGGACAUUAAGAUAUGGGAUAUCUGCUUCCUGAAAUCCAAACUGAUAUUAGAAUGGGGCCUUCAGAGAAAGAUGACAUACUCCUAGCAAUCAAUCACUCAAGAAGUAAUUCUUAACCAGAGGCUCACCUUGUCUCCUGCCUCCAGAGAUGGAUACUGUAGCAUUUAGGGAAUAGGUGUGAGGUGUGUGGAAUUGGAAAAGACUCCCCCUCUUCCCUUUGUUCCUUUAUAGGAGAAAGUAUGCUUUCUCACCCCACAGACUUGCCAUAAUGAAUGCUCAUGGCCAACAUACUGACCCACACUUGAGUAAAACUAAAAAUUCUCUUAAUUAAAAUAUAUCAUGGCUUGAAAAAGGUUCAUGGUUAGAAAAAUCAGGUUUUUCUUGUGAUAUGGCCUUGGGGAUACUGUUAGUAAAGACUUAACAGAGAUUCUGACUUUUUCAUCUGAAUCUUCUGCUGAAGAAGAAAUGGAUAAUUUCUAAAAUCAGGAGCCUGUUUGUACAGAAUUUAUUUGGGUGGGGAGAACUUGGCCAAAGGUCCAAAUUUAAGCAGCAGGUUUUGUUUUGCUUUUGAAUAGCACAAAAUGAACUAAUCUAUGUAAGGCUGUGUCAUUCAAAGGUUUUUGAACCUUUUACUCUUGACCUUCUUUUAUAUUAACCAUUGAGUUAUUUUAGUUUCCCAUGAUAUGGGAGGAAAGUACAGUUAUUAAUGUUUUGUUUUUCUCCUGUUAGGGACUCAAAUGAACAAAUUGCCACUAUGGCCCAAAUCAUGAGUUGUGGUAACUUUUCUCUUUUGUAUGCAUAAGGAAUGUCCUAACCAUUAUCAGCUGGCUUUCAAAGCUGCUUUAUUGUCUCACAAAGGAAUAGGAAAAAAUAAGAUGGUUAUCUCUUAUUAUUGCCUGGAAGAAACUUGGUUUUCAUCAGUAUGUUUAUAUGCAAAAAUGGCAUAAUACACAACAGUGUGCUCUGAUUCACAAAUGAACUCACACAGUAUUCUGAACAUUGUUUCAUUUCAAGUUGUUUUGAAUAUAGCAAAAAGUAAACUGUAGGGAAGAAGGAAAGAUUACCGGAUGCAGAAAGGAAUUAAAGAGCUUUCAUUCUCCCUGGGCUACAUCUUACAUGUUAAAGCUGUGGCUUUAUAGUCUGGAAGAAUCAGGUGGAAAUCCAGUUUAGAAGUAUAAUGGCAACUGGGUUGUCAGGUACCAUCGCUUCUUUCCAUGCUGGGAAACUUAAAAAACACAGUGACUAGAAACAACUAAGUCUUACUUAUCCUUUUUAAUACCUUCAUCCCCAGCCCCCAAAACCAUGUGCUCUUGUCCCAUAUCACACAGAAACAUCAGUAAGAACCUUUGCCUCACCUGAAUCAUCCAGAGAGACGUUACCUGAUGGUCCCUUUUUGUAGAAUUUAAUUAGGGAAGAAGUGUUCUCCCUAGAGAAGGCUCUUAUUUGGAUCCAGUUUCAGAAGGACUCACAUCUUUGGCUUGUGUACUCUUUACCUGUUUCAACCCUAGUACCUACUAUAUGAGUAUUUUGGCAAUACGCCACUGUCCUAGCAAUUAUUUGGUCUUUAGUGACUGGCACUUACAUAACUAUGAUACUUCCUUCCUUGUCAUUCAUUAUUUCAGUUUCAGUGAUUCAGCUUAAUUUUUUUUAUCAUAAGUCCUAAAAAUCCCUUGUAGUUUGAAUUUUUUUAUUGGAUUGAUUCUUUGAUUUAUUCUCAUAACUUAUGACUCAAAUUUUUAAUCAGGCAAAUAAGUCAAAAUACAUUUUGAAGCACUUCUCAAAAAAUCUCUCUAACUUCUCUCAUAAUUUCAUGUUUUCCUAAUUUCAUGUAUAGAACCUACCCAACAUUUUACACAAUCUACUCAGAAUUAUCUUACAUAUCUAUUUUUCAAGUGUGAAUUUGUGAGUGCUAAUAAUAUGGUACGUCCCCUAAGGCUUCUUUAAUGUCAGAAUUGCUCCAGGCCUGAUUAUACUUUAGGCAAGUUCAAAGGGAUUUUAUUGUUUGUUUGUUUGUUUUAAGAAAGCCAUCAAUUCUCUCUAGGUUGUCCAGCAAGAAUUAGAAAGAAAAAAAGUGAGAAGCAAAUCUGGAGUCUUCCUGAGAUCUGCUUGUCAGCCUUGAUUCGCCUUUCCUUCAGUGACCCCUAGUAACUGAUGGGUUUCAGGUCCAUUCGGAUCACAUUGCUCAUCUCAGAGCAGAGAAUUCUGAACAGAAAAUUAGACUGUUUUCAUUUUAUACCUAUUUCAAUAGGGUUAUAAAUAGAAAAGGAAAUCCUCACAAUAAUACAGUCAAAAUUACUCUCUUCAUUUGACAUAUAUGUUGUCUAGAAGUAGAAAUAGAAAAACAGUUUCCUCUCCUGUUGUUUGUGGAAGAUAGCCCUCCAACAACAUGCCCGAGUCAGCCCCUGCAGUUCUCAUAACAAGUCAGAAAGCUGGAAGUUAAGAUUCUAAGCAAAAAGCAUGGCAAACCAAGUCCUCAUACCUUGACCUUUUUCUCUGUCUUCCUUGUUCAACCCUGUGGAACUGCUGAGGCCUAAGAGAAUAUAAUAUCAGCAAGAAGUUGAGAAGUUUACAGACCUAGAGAAACUCUACCUCUACCUUCAGCUGCCUUCUGGUCUCAGCAAUGGAGAGAAAAGUGAUCAGAAUGCCAUGUCAUCUAGUCGGGCACAGCAAAUGCAUGCCUUUUCCUGGAUUCGGAAUACCCUAGAGGAACAUCCUGAGACUUCACUGCCCAAACAGGAAGUCUAUGAUGAGUACAAGAGCUAUUGUGACAAUCUUGGUUACCAUCCAUUAAGUGCUGCUGACUUUGGAAAGAUCAUGAAAAACGUCUUUCCAAACAUGAAGGCACGUCGUUUGGGCACAAGAGGCAAAUCUAAAUAUUGCUACAGUGGACUGAGAAAAAAAGCUUUUGUUCACAUGCCAACACUGCCCAACCUUGACUUUCACAAAACUGGAGAUGGGUUGGAAGGAGCUGAGCCUUCUGGGCAGCUUCAGAACAUUGACGAGGAAGUUCUGUCUUCCGCUUGCCGCCUUGUGUGUGAGUGGGCCCAGAAAGUGUUAAGCCAGCCAUUUGACACAGUCUUGGAAUUAGCCCGCUUCCUUGUCAAAAGUCACUAUAUAGGCACCAAGUCAAUGGCAGCUCUAACUGUGAUGGCAGCAGCACCAGCAGGAAUUAAAGGAAUUCCCCAGCCUUCUGCAUUUAUACCUACAGCUGAAAGUAAUUCCUUUCAGCCUCAAGUGAAGACUUUGCCAUCUCCUAUUGAUGCUAAACAGCAACUGCAACGGAAAAUCCAGAAGAAGCAGCAAGAACAGAAAUUACAGUCCCCUUUGCCAGGAGAAUCCUCAGCAAAAAAAUCAGAAGGCUCUACAGCCAAUGGCGUGGCUAAUCUUCCCAAUGGAAAUCCUGCAAUCCUGUCUCCUCAACCUAUUGGUAUCGUUGUGGCAGCUGUCCCUAGUCCCAUUCCGGUCCAGCGGACCAGGCAGUUGGUAACUUCACCGAGUCCAGUGAGUUCAUCUGAUGGCAAAGUUCUUCCCCUCAACGUGCAGGUGGUCACUCAGCACAUGCAGUCUGUGAAGCAGGCACCAAAGACUCCGCAGAACGUUCCAGCCAGUCCUGGGGGGGAUCGUUCUGCCCGGCACCGCUAUCCUCAGAUUUUACCCAAACCAGCCAACACCAGUGCGCUCACCAUCCGCUCUCCAACCACUGUCCUCUUUACCAGUAGCCCCAUCAAGACUGCUGUUGUGCCCGCUUCACACAUGAGUUCUCUAAAUGUGGUGAAAAUGACAACAAUAUCCCUCACGCCCAGCAACAGUAAUGCCCCUCUUAAACAUUCUGCCUCAGUCAACAGUGCUACAGGAACGACUGAAGACUCCAGGAGCGUCCCACAGAUCAAGAGCGGUUCUGUUGUUUCUCUUCAGUCUCCGGGCUCUAGGACCAGCAGCACUGGGGGAACUUCCACUGUGGAAGUCAAAAUGGAACCCGAAACAUCAGCAGAUGAGCAUCCUGUGCAGUGCCAAGAGAACUCCGACGGGGCUAGGGCUCCCCAAGCAACACCUAGUGCCCUUACAGGGCAGAAAAGUAAUACAGAGGGAGCAGCGCAAAAACCUUCCAGUGAAGGCCCCGUGGACAUCAAAGCAACUAAGGUCUGUGACCAGAGGACCAAAUGUAAAAGUCGCUGUAAUGAGAUUCUGCCAGGCACUUCAACAGGCAAUAAUCAAAGCACUGUCACUCUCCCAGUUACCACUCAGAACUUAACUUUCACCAGCACCAGCUCACCAUCUAAUGGUGACUCAAUAAAUAAAGACCCUAAAUUAUGCACUAAAAGUCCACGGAAACGACUGUCUUCUACAUUACAAGAGUCCCAGGUGCCUCCUGUAAAGAAACCAAUUGUGGAACAGCUUUCUGCAGUUGUCAUAGAAGGUCAGAAACCAGGCAGUGUUAAGAAGGACCAAAAGGUUCCACAUUCAGGGAAAACAGAAAGUUCAACAGCAGGUGCUCAGAUUCCUAGCAAAGUAUCAAUAACUGUCAAUUCACACAUAGUGGAAAAUCAACCCUUGAAUUCUUCUGCCCUUAUUAUCAGUGAUUCAGCUUUGGAACAGCAGACAACACCAUCAUCAUCUCCAGACAUAAAAGUAAAACUUGAAAGGAGUGUCUUUCUCUUGGACACAGAUUCUAAACCAGAUGGCAGCUUUAAUCCAAAUGAGUGGCAACAGGUCACUAAGGAUUCUGAGUUCAUAUCUGCCAGCUGUGAGCAACAGCAAGAUAUCAGUGUUAUGACAAUUCCUGAGCACUCUGAUAUCAAUGACUUAGAGAAGUCCGUUUGGGAGUUAGAAGGAAUUCCACAGGACACAUACAGCCAGCAGCUACACACCCAGAUGCAAGAAUCUUCUUUGAAUCAAAUACAAGCACAUUCUUCAGAUCAGUUACCUCUUCAGUCCGAACUGAAGGAGUUCGAGCCUUCUGUUUCCCAGACAAAUGAGAGCUACUUUCCUUUUGAUGAUGAACUUACACAAGAUAGUAUUGUGGAAGAGCUGGUGCUUAUGGAGCAGCAAAUGUCAAUGAACAAUUCGCAUUCUUAUGGUAACUGUUUGGGAAUGACCCUUCAGAACCAGUCAGUAACUCCAGGAGCUCCCAUGUCAUCUCAUACCUCUAGCACCCACUUCUAUCAUUCAAUCCAUAGCAACGGCACACCAAUCCACACACCCACACCCACUCCUACACCAACCCCAACCCCAACCCCAACCCCAACUCCCACAUCCGAAAUGAUUGCUGGAUCUCAGAGUCUGUCUCGGGAGAGCCCUUGCUCCAGGCUAGCCCAGACGACACCUGUGGAUAGUGCUUUAGGAAGUAGCCGACACACACCCAUUGGUACUCCACAUUCUAACUGCAGCAGUAGCGUCCCUCCCAGCCCUGUUGAAUGCAGGAAUCCAUUUGCAUUCACCCCAAUAAGCUCCAGUAUGGCCUAUCAUGAUGCCAGCAUUGUCUCAAGUAGUCCUGUGAAACCAAUGCAAAGACCCAUGGCCACACACCCUGACAAAACCAAGCUUGAAUGGAUGAAUAAUGGGUAUAGUGGGGUUGGUAAUUCAUCAGUUUCUGGCCAUGGCAUUCUCCCAAGCUAUCAGGAACUCGUGGAAGACCGUUUCAGGAAACCUCAUGCUUUUGCUGUGCCUGGGCAGUCUUACCAGUCUCAGUCCCGACACCAUGACACUCAUUUUGGUCGUUUGACUCCUGUCUCUCCUGUGCAGCAUCAAGGUGCCACUGUAAAUAACACCAACAAACAGGAGGGUUUUGCCGUCCCUGCCCCUCUUGAUAAUAAAGGAACUAAUUCAUCCGCCAGCAGCAACUUCAGGUGCCGGAGUGUGAGCCCCGCUGUCCAUCGCCAACGUAAUCUUAGUGGAAGCACCCUCUACCCAGUGUCUAAUAUCCCACGGUCCAAUGUGACCCCCUUUGGAAGUCCGGUAACCCCCGAAGUUAACGUUUUCACAAAUGUUCACGCAGACACAUGUGCCAACAACAUAGCUCAAAGAAGUCAGUCAGUUCCAUUAACAGUCAUGAUGCAGACAGCUUUCCCAAAUGCUCUUCAGAAGCAAACAAACAGUAAAAAAAUAACCAAUGUGUUGUUGAGUAAACUUGAUUCUGACAAUGAUGAUGCAGUGAGAGGUUUGGGAAUGAACAAUCUGCCCUCCAAUUACACGGCGAGGAUGAAUCUCACUCAGAUCCUGGAAACUUCCACUGUUUUUCCUAGUGCCAAUCCACAGAAUAUGAUCGACUCCAGCACUUCUGUUUAUGAAUUUCAAACACCAUCUUACCUCACCAAAAGUGAUAGCACCGAUCAGAUCAGUUUUUCUCCUGGAGAUAAUCAAGCACAAUCUGAAAUUGGAGAGCAACAAUUAGAUUUCACUAGCACUGUUAAAGACCUGCUGAGUGGAGACAGCUUGCAAAGCAACCAGCAGCUGGUGGGUCAGGUGGCGUCUGAUCUCACUAACGCUGCCUCUGAUUUCUCUAGUGACAUUAGGUUGUCUUCUGAGCUCUCAGGCAGCAUCAAUGAUUUGAACACUUUAGACCCAAAUCUACUGUUUGAUCCAGGUCGUCAGCAGGGACAAGAUGAUGAAGCUACACUGGAAGAAUUAAAGAACGACCCAUUAUUUCAACAAAUCUGCAGUGAAUCCAUGAACUCCAUGACUUCAUCAGGUUUUGAGUGGAUAGAAAGCAAGGACCAUCCUACUGUUGAAAUGUUGGGUUAAAUUGUGUUUUAUAAUAUGUAGCACACUGUAUCUAAAGACAUAUGUAUUGUAUUUGUCUUAAUGGAAGUGCCUCCCGCAGCAGAAACACUUACUAUUAAUUGUGACAUUUUAAAAGCGUUUGCUGCAGAAGUGGUUUCUUCUUCAGUAGGAAAUGGUUAGACUUGCCUCAGUUCUUAACAAGUUUCUGAAGACAGUAGGCUGUAGAAGAGCAAGUAUUAGGUUUUUAAAUUUUAUAAUGUUCCCCAUUUAAUCACAUUGUUUGCUAGUAAAGAAUUGACUAGCCAGCUUUUACAAGAGCAGUCUAGAUCUUUAUUUUGUAUAAGUUCAUUUUAAUUCAUCAGUUAAUCUACACAGGAUUCUGAAGAAACCAUCAGUUUUAGGUAUAGCUAUUUUGUUGUUGGCAUUAUCUUUUAGAUAAGAAAUCAUAGCGAAGAUGAACUGUAGACGAGAAGGUCUUCCUUGACACAGGGAUAAUAUUCAGGUUAUUAUAAAUAUUUAGGCUUGAAGCAUAGAGCUACUGUAGGAUGGAGAAUCUCUGUAGGACUUUCUGAGGCUUCAGUACCAUUUAUACCCACAAUGAAGGGCUUAACUAGGAGAGAAAAUGGAAAAUUAAGUAUUAAGGAAAGCAAAAGCUGCACUAAAAUUUUUAAGAGGAAAAACUAGUAGCCAUUUAUACUUGUGACCUUGCAUUAGUCUUAUUUUAAAAUGUUGAUUUUAGUAUGGAGCUAGCAAACAGAGAUGCACAGGCACACACAUACACACACACAUGCACACACACAAGUCAUUAUUAACUCUAGAAUGUAAUUUAAUGGAAUAAAUACAAGUAUGUUAGAAAAAUGUUUCAUAUUUUAUUAUUUACUAGUUGAGAUAGGGAUCUUAGAAGGAAAAACAUUUUAAUUUCAACAAAAUGGUUGAAUGUACAUAUUAAAAUUCUAUUUAAGAUUUAUUUUGAGGUUUUUCAUUAUAAAUAUUCUUUAGUAACCAGUUUUUUCCUCCUCCAUUUAGUGACUGACUCCUUCACUCCUGCUGAAUAUAGGAAUGCAGUUUGAUCAUGGGAUCCAUUUGAAAAACAAAUAAGCAAGGAGAUAACAAACUGAAUGAGAAACGUUUUACCACCUAAGGUCUGAAGCCACAUAUCUUUAUAUAUCUGAUAAAACAAAGGGGAUAUCAGUAGUACUUGAAGAAGAGGAGCAUUUUAUUACAUGCUUAAUUUAUUUAUUGUGAUAACCACAAUUGCAAAAGAAGCAAAGCACUCAGGAUUUGUUUUAAAAUGUUUCUCUCUAUGGCUCCCAUUUUGUUUUAUGGAUAAUAUUUAUGAAUUUCACAUUGACACAAAUCUGCUCACUAGUUGACAGCUCCAUUUAAGUGUGUUUCAAGAUAACUUUCAAAGAGGUUUUUUAAUUGCCAGUAAGUUUUUAAAGCUAACAUUAACCCGUUUGCUUUGCUACCUUGAACCUAGCUAGGCUUUUUAUUUUUGACCUUCAUUAGAAAGCCAAUCAGAAAACUACAAUCAAUGAAUAUUUAACAAAUGUGAUGAAAGGUUUAAUUUAAUAAGUUUUCAUUGUUCAAUAAAUUUGCAAGCUAGGGUAUUAACAUAUUUUGAUAAAUAACUGGUGCUAGCAUUGGCUCAGAGGUUUAUAUAUUGGUAUGUCCUAGUUAUUGGCAUUUGUGUGUGUUUGCUGUUAUCUUGAUUUAAUGAUCUGUUAGAUUUUUUUUCCUUGAUGCUAGUAUUUCUUCACUGUACAUUGAGACACAGCACUACUGCACACCAAAGUAUGCAAUACCCAAAGGAAACUGUGUGAUUUCUUUUAACAAAUGAUGGGAGCCUUUCUAUAUGAGAUACUCUGAAAAGGAGAUUUUGAGGCCAUUCUAAUCCCUUGUUUACAUUAUUAGCUUCCUACUAAUAUAAAAAUAAUGGAAAUCUUUUUUGAUAAAAAUACUAAGACUGGAGGAUUUUUAACCCCCUGUACAGUAUCGCAGCAAACUCUUUAAAUUUGAUUGAAUUCGUCCAGCAAACUUUCUGGGGUUCUAUAUUGCACUAAAUUUGUUGAACCUGUGGUAGGCACAUCUCUUAGGAUAAAUGCAACCAAUACAGUCCACAGAUUAAACUUUUUAAAUGUGUUUCAUUAUGAAAAGACAAAAUGUCAUCAAAGUGACAGAUAAAAUUGUCUUAUGUAGCAAUGUGCAUUGAUCUCAAUGAGAUAUUUCUAUUUCUUAUUCUCUUACAUGAGAAUAUUACAGCAGGAAGAAUUAAGUUUAGUUUGCUUCACCAUGUUAAUACAUGAUCACAAAAUGUGCAUGAGUGUUAUUGACUUAUCUUGUACAGUACUAGGUAUUCCUGUAACCACUUUUUUUUUCUUGGCUGUAUUGAAACUGGUUCACUGUUAACCAGGCAAGCAUAGUUAUUCACAAGUUAUUUACUUUUUUAUGUUUACUAAUUCUGCUUAGUUAUUGUUGAAUAUGUUCUUUUCUGAGAUUAUUUUCAUUGUUUUGAUGUUUAAAACAUUUUGCAUACUGUUUAUCAUGAUAAGACUUCAUGAAGUAAAUAAUUUUGCAUAUAAUUGCAAUAAGCACUGACUUUUGAACUGAAAAGAAGGAAAGUGUUUUUUGUGCAGUGCAUCUGAGGUUCAAAUAAUAGUCUUGUACUACAAUGUGCUUUACUACAUCAUAAAUGACAAAAACAAGCCCUGUUUCAUGUUUUCAUUUAGUGCAAAAAAGUCAGACUUCCCCCAGUGUUCUGUUGUCUGUUGUACCUGCUGAAACUACAGUAGUUGAAUAUCGCGGUAGCAUUUCAGUUCUCUUUUUUUAUUGAAAGUGCUCAAAAAUUGUUUUUUAAAUGUUUUCAAAAACAAUUAAAAACAUUUUAUAUUAAACUGA